AUGCGAAGCACGAUCUGCUGGACUAGCCAAGUUGAUGAGCUGGAUGGAGGCAUAUUGCAACCAUACAAUCUAUGCUCAGCCAUGGCACCUGGAGACACUAUCAUACUGCAAACCAUCAUGGGAGGUGACCAAAGGGUUUUCCACCAAAUGGAGAUUCCAUCCAAUGAAUUGCGAGCUGUGUGGAACAUGACAGGCUCUGACCAAUGCUUGGCUUUGUGCACUGUGGACCCCAAGAAGCCAAAAUUGAAGCAGUUUAAUCCUGUGUCUUUCACCAUGGUCAUGAAUGACACCACCAUCUACAGAGAUUUUUUUGCCUGUGGCCCCCCUGUAAUGCUUCAAGCAUUUGUUGUUCCUCCUUCCAAAUAUUAUGAACAACAACCUAUUGAUACUAGCACUCUCCUCCAGCCACUGUUUAUUGAUGCAGGUACCUCUAAACCUGCACCUAUCAAUGUUGGGAAAUUAACCAAACCGAUUACUGCUUUCCGUCUCUAUAGUGACAUGUCUGGUAAAAUAGUUUUGGAAAAAGAGUAG